AUGAAUAUAAUAUUAAGCAUAGACCAAAGUACACAGUCUACAAAACUGGUUUUCUUUAAUGAAGAAUUAAAUGUUCUUCACAUGAACCAGUUAUGUCAUCAACAAAAAUGUUUAAAACCUGGGUGGUAUGAACAUGAUCCGAUGGAAAUAAUAGAAAAUGUAUAUAAACUAAUGAAUGAAGGUUUAAAAGUAUUAAAGGAGAAACAUAAAGAUGUAGUUGUAAAGUGCAUAGGUAUUACGAAUCAAAGAGAGACGUUUAUAAUAUGGGAUAAGUAUACAGGAAAACCAUUGCAUAAUGCACUUGUGUGGUUAGAUACCCGUGCAGAAGAUAUGGUAGUCGAAUUUUCUAGAAAAUAUGAUAAUGAUUAUUAUCAAAGAAAAACAGGAACAUAUUUCAAUACAUACUUUAGUGCCUUUAAAAUUUUAUGGUUAAUCCAAAAUAAUGCUGAAGUAAAACAAAAAGUAGAUAAUGGUACAGUUAUAAUUGGAAAUAUAAAUACUUGGCUUAUUUAUAAUUUGACAAAAGGUAAAAUAUACACAGAUGUUACAAAUGCAUCUAGAACAUUUUUGAUGGAUAUUAAUACAUUACAAUGGGAUGAAAAAUUAUGUAAAAUGUUUGGUAUUACCAAUAUGUCUGUAUUACCAGAAAUAAAAAGUAAUUGUUUUGAUUUUGGUUUAAUCAAAUCUGAGAAAGUACCUGAUUAUUUAAAUGUACCAAUUACUGGUUGCAUAGGUGAUCAACAAAGUGCAUGUAUAGGACAAGCUAUAUUUAAUGAAGGGGAAGCAAAAUGUACAUAUGGAACAGGUGUUUUUUUGUUAAUCAAUACAGGAGAUAAAGUUGUAUAUUCAUCAUGUGGGUUAAUUACAACAGUUUGUUAUAAAUUAAAUCCAGAUGACAAAGCUUGUUAUGCUCUUGAAGGUUCAAUUGGUUCUGCUGGAGCAGGUGUUUCAUGGCUUGUAGAAAAUAAUCUUAUAUCCCAUCCUAGCGAAGCAAGUGAUAUUAUGGAAAACUGUGAAGAUACAGGAGGUGUUAUAUUUGUUCCUGCUUUUGGAGGCUUAUAUGCUCCUAGAUGGAGGCCUGAUGCACGAGCAUCUAUAUCUGGUAUGUCAUUUAAUACAGGAAGAAAACAUAUUGUUAGAUCUUUGUUAGAGGGUAUUGUUUUUCAAUUAAAUGAGAUAAUAUGUUCAUUAAUAUCUGAUAUGGGUAUCGAAAUGCUGCAUGUUUUAAGGUGCGAUGGAGGUAUGACUAAAAAUAAAGCCUUUAUGCAAUUUAAUUCAGAUAUAAUAAAUACUAAAAUUGAAGUACCAAAAUAUGAAGAAGUAACAGCUUUAGGGGCCGCUGUAUUGGCUGGUUUAGGCGCAAAAAUUUGGAAGGACAUAGAUUCAGUUAAAAGAUUGUUAAAAAAUAGCGAAUUAACAUUUAAUUGCACAAUGGACAAAAGAAAAAGAGGUAAGAAACUUCUGGAAUGGAAUCAAGCCGUUGAAAGGUCGUUGCUGCCACUGUAA